GGUGGUCUCUCAGCGGUUACCCGGAUAGAUGCUGAAGGUAUAAAGACGACAUCUGCAGGCGGGGGUUGUAGUUCAAACCAACGGUCGGUAUCUGCAACAAGAAAUCUACUGUAGUGCUGCAGCGCUAGAAAUUACCAGUACAUUUUAAACAUGGUGAGUGCUGGUUGCUAUCCCUGUGAGAUAGACUAUAUUUUCAGACGGCAUAUUAUCAUUGGGAGCCGGUGAAUUUGAUUUUUAUUGUCACUGGCUGCUGGCGAUGGGAGGUAGAGUCGUUUUAGCAUGCUAGCUAACCUGCGCUCGAGAGUACUGAGCCACCGAGCGACCACUGGAUUAAAAAGGGUAAUUUUGGUGGUGAAGAACUGACUGUAUAUUUCUCUUCUAGGCUGGAGGCAAGGCAGGAAAGGACUCCGGAAAGACCAAGACGAAAGCUAUUUCGCGCUCUCAGAGAGCCGGGCUUCAGGUCUGUUCAUUCAUUCUCUGUGCUAACAGGCUAACAGGCUAACAUCCAGGCGGCGCAGAGGUCCAGCUGGCGGCCGUCGAUACCCCACCGUCAGACCACUGAACCCUUUGUUCGCCUGCUUAUCUCUUUUGUAGUUUCCCGUGGGUCGUAUCCACAGACACCUUAAAUCCAGAACCACGAGCCACGGCAGAGUGGGAGCCACUGCAGCGGUGUACAGCGCGGCUAUCCUGGAAUACCUCACCGCCGAGGUAAAUAAAUAGCGCCUUAUUUACCUUUCAGGUGUUCACCGUGGAGCUGUUGUUGUGAGGGCUGUGUAAAUAUCUGCCGCCUGGCUUUCUCUUAGGUCCUGGAGUUGGCAGGAAACGCUUCCAAAGAUCUGAAAGUGAAGCGUAUCACCCCCCGCCACUUGCAGCUGGCCAUCAGAGGAGAUGAAGAGCUGGAUUCACUCAUCAAGGCCACCAUCGCCGGAGGAGGUGAGGAACCACAACUGGGGUUUAGUGCCGAGAUGAAUCUAAAGAUUUCUGAAGAUAUAGCCUUAAUACUUUUAAAGGAUUGUUGAAGAAUAUUAGUCUUCAAUUGAUUCACAUUAUUAUCUUCAGCUCUGUUAUAUCACCUUAAAACUAAAACAAACUGGCGUAACAAACCUUUAUUUCUCCUGCCAUCAGGCUGUUGACAUUUGAUAGUGUCUCAGGAUGAAAACUAUAAUGUAUCAGUAACAUACUACUUUUAAUUCAAGCAUACAGUAACGUUUAGCUCUCCACUUGUAACUGAAGCCUCUAAGAAAUUAAGCCCUAAACACAAAAGGAAAUGUCUUAGUUACGUUGGUUUAAGAUGAAAACUGUUGUGGCCAUUAUGUAUAACUGUGUGAUUCAAUAUGUGGCCACAUGGGGGUGCCAGCAUGCAUCUCUGUCAGUCUACUGAUUCAUGUAUCAUCUCUGACAUGCUUCAAGUGGCACUUUGUUGGUGGGUAAACGUGCGGUCUGGUAGACUCUUGGACUGCUCUUUCAGAUAAAGUUGACUUAAUAUCAACUAUUGUAAUACAUCUUUUAUAAAUAUUUGCGGUGUCUGGAAACUCAUGACAUGACAACUUCUGGUUAAUUGCAGAAUAGGGUACAGGGAUGAGGGGAAAAAGCAAAAUUAAUUUUCCCAAAAAUUAAGUCGUCCCCCCCCCCCCCCCCAAGAAGUUUCUGUAGUAAGCUUUUUUUUUUUUUAAACAAUAUUGUAUUGAGUUUUCCCAUUUAAUAAAAAAAUGUGUUUAUAAUUACUUGCAAAAAAUAAAUAAAACUAAAAAUUAAGCGGACACCAACCAGACGAAACCAAACAAAAAAAACAAACAUAAAGAGAUGGGGGCAGGCAGCAAAUAAUCAUUUUCGAUUACUGAUACACACACUGUUACACAGUCAUACAGUAUCAUACAUACACACUUUUUUCCAGGGAGUUUCUGUAGUAAGCUUUUUACAUUUCUACAUUAGUCAGUAGACAAAGUUAAGUGAGAGAUGCAAAUUUUCCAACAACUGCAUGACUCUUCUUUAUUCUACAUGUGUCAACAAAAUUCCUGUUUUGGCCUCCUGAUAGUUAUUCAACAAUGAAUUAGUCCGAACCCUCUGUCUUAAUGGGUUAGAAAUACUUUUUUUUUUUUUGCUGCUUGGAGGCGCCUGUUUUUGCCCUUUCGACUAGAGCCCAUUCAUUACGAAUUGAAGAUGUUUCAUGAUGUGGUCUCUUCCUUGAAUCAAAGUUGGCUCUCUGAAUUCUCUCGAUGAUUUACAAAAAAGUGUUUAAUAUCUCCUUCAUGAUCUCUUUCUCCCCCUCCCCAGGUGUGAUCCCUCACAUCCACAAGUCUCUGAUCGGAAAGAAGGGCCAGCAGAAGACCGUAUAACCUGAAGUGCUCUCAGUCUGCAUCGAGCGGUUACAUGUAUUAGAGUAGAUCACCUUUUAGGAAUUGUUUGUAUGGUUGAGCUUGCAUUUACUCACCUGGGGUAUUUUUUAAAAGUGGCUUCAGAGAAGCUCAUUUUUUGUGUUAUGGGUUUUUUUUUUCUGGUGCUGCAGUUUAUGUUGAAACUUGCUUUUGUGGCGUUCCCAUGUUUAAAGUGAUGUUUUAAUAAAGCUCUUAUUGGGCAUCUUCUGUUUGAUCUUUCACUUUUUCUUUUGCAUUUCAUGUUUACGUUGAACAUUUCUAGGUAUUUUCUCAAACUCAGUCUGGGUGGUGGCUGUAUAAAAGUCCCAGCCUGGAACAAAACUCUAAGACCACGUUCUGCAUGUGGCCAGAGUUACAGCACGCUUCAGCUUCUUACCUUUAGUUUCAUUUAGCUGCAUGAGCAUGAUAUGAUCUAAACACUGGACUGAGAUGAACUAAAGUGUCAUUUUUAGAAGGAUAAAUAAAGACUGGACAUGUGCAGCCAGAAUAUUUUGCAUAUUGUGAUGAAUGGAGAUCCUGUGUUGAAGUCUGGCGGUCUGAUCUACCAGUUUAAACUGUUAAAAGAAAUGUCGCAUGAUGGGUCUAGGCCUGGUUUGGAUCGAGUACUAAAGGUAACAAUAGUUGGAAAAAGACAUGAAAGAGCUAAAUGAAUAAGUUGAAUCAAACCUCUUAAAGUAUUAGGUUCUCUGAGUAUUACAUUGCUACAAGCUGUAAUGAAUGCUUAAAAUCACGCAGGAGUUGCUAGAGAGUAAAGCUGCAUUUUUGAGGCUUCAUAAUGUGCUAAUGAUGUAUUGUGAAAGUUGUGGUCAAAUUGUUCCCAAACAUCUCUAAUGAAUGGUUUUAUGUAUGAAAUUAAUUCCCAAACACUA